AUGCGGUCGCAGGCCCACCCCCAAGAACCCGAGAUCAUCAGCAUUGACGAGGACGACGACGGCGACCAAAUGAUGGAAGAUGAAGCAUCGUAUGACGAUCAGACAGAGUCCCAGGGGGAUGAGGACAUGGAUGAUCAAGCAGACGAGGACAUGGAUGGCGAUAGCUUAACCAAUGGCUCAGACAUCCCUGCCUUGAACACUGACCUGAAAUCCUCCAAAGGCUCGCGCAACCGAUCGCAAGAGUCCCCCAGGCUGUUCACUGAGUCAGGCGCAGGGGCGAGCGCCCAAGAGAUGUUGCGCCCUCUUCGUAAGACUGCAGACCGCGUCACCCGCCAGAUCGAAGCCUUCGCAGAGAAGCUGGACCAGUUCAAACGCAAGAAAACGACAGAUGCCUUUCAAAGCGUGCAGGCCGCAUACAAACUUGUCGAAAGCUACAGAGACCUGACCCAAAACGCCAUCAACGAGCUCAAUCGACAGCAAACUCUCAAGAAGGCUAAGACAAGCUUCCGUGCAAGCAACACGGUCAAUGAUACUGCGACGGACACGGAAUCUCGGCGCUUGCAACUGCAGGUCGACACCUGGCGACUUCUCCUCAAUCUCAUCAGCAUCGACGAGCCCGCCAGUCGCGCCAGCUUCAAGGAAGGUCAACGGGACGCGUUCCAGAACCUGCACCGUUACUCUUCAGAUCGUGAGAUUUGGGAAGAGUUCAUGAAUGCGGACCAGUUCGCUUGCGAGUGCGUUCUAUCUAUGCGUUGGCUGGAGGAAACUGCCAAGGCGGCGCCUCAGGAGAUUGAUAAUGUGAUCAAAGACUUGGAAGAUCAGGCCGAGCGAGGUCAAGGCCUCUGGGCGCAUGGCUGGCUGUUCACAAAGGAGGCCAUUAAGGGUCACAAGCGAUUGCGUGUCUGGCCACAGCCCCUCGAACCGAACGAUCCUGCCACGACCCGCGCCCUUUUGAGCAAUGACACCCAAACACCCCUCAUCACGCAGCUGGACCCGGAUGCAUUGACUCGACAGAGGCACAGCUUGCAGAAACAGGACGCUUGCUAUGAGCGUGCAACCUGGAUGGCCUGCUGGAAAAUGCUUCGUCAAGGCACCAACUGGACUGUUGUCCGAGAUUGGGCUCAAAGCCGUCUUGAGAGCUGGAGAGCUGUGAGCCUCUGUGGAUCAAGCGUCGACGCAUCUACUGCCAAAACACGGACGCCAGCGGAUGAUGGAAUGACUCGUCUGAUGAACAGCCGUUCGCAGGAUUCCUGGCGUGCGGCUUGUCUUGCGCUAACCAAAGAUGCGAGUACUGGAGAUUACGAGAAAGCAGUCUAUGCUCUGCUCUGCGGAGAGACCGAGCCAGCGGCCAAGGUGUGCGAGACAUGGGAUGAUUAUCUAUAUGUCUACCUCAAUCGCGUCGUUCUGUUACGGUAUCAGGGAUUCUGUAGACAGCUGCAGCGCAAGCUGAGCCAGUCGCCUACUGACCCUGUGGUGUUCCAGCCCGAGCCUGCUGGGCAUGCGGAUCUUCAGAAGUAUGUCCAGUUCCUGCGGGGUGUCGAGGCGUUGAGUAGCGAGGCUCGCGAGCCGUUCCGUCACAUCCAAGCGGCCAUUUUGAGCAAGAGCUACGGAUCAUUCUUCAGUGAGCUAUCACAGGCCGUAUCUCACCUCGGCAUCAGGAAGCACGGGAAGAGCUCGUACAUUCCAGAUGUGACGACCUCUAAGGUAGACGAGGCGAUGAUCAUUACGGCCGAAGAUCUAGACGCUUUACAAAUGGCGACUCACAUGUACGUGAUUGUCAACUCCCUGGGUUACGUCCCAGAGGAUGAUCGCUUCAUGGAGACGGCGUCUGUCGUGGUCACUGGGUACAUCGCUGCCUUACAGGAGAAAUGCUUACCCGAUCUCAUCCCAUCUUACGCUGCGCUUCUACCCACGGAGAAGUGCAAUGGUGUACUCUCGAAGAUUUUGAUUGAUAUCGUGGACUUCGAGGAUCGACACUAUCAACUUCGGGCAAUCAAGAAACACGGCAUUGACAUCAAUGCCGUGCUCGACGCGCAAUGGUCUUGGCUCAGUGCUGGUGUUUCUUUGAUUGAACACUCUGCAGGUCUGACUGGCUACUCCCGCGUAAGGAGACUGCCGGACGGAACUCGUGUGUUGAUGCCUCCCAAGAAAGAUCUCAUUGGAACAAGUGUCGCCAUUGAGGAUGAGCGGAUGAUUCGUAAUCUGGAAUGGCUUCGUUGCGUCGGUGACCAGUGGCCUAAGAUUUGUUCCCGAGGGCGGUGGAUGUAUCGCAAGUUCUUUGUUGCUGGGAAGCUGGCUGCUGCCCGAGAGCUUGGUCAUCGAAUUCGCAUGGCCGACGUGUCUCACGAGACUUUCAACAUGGACGUGUUCGAGUUCCCUGAUCUAGCUCCCACGGUGGAGGAGGAAACGCCCCUCAGCCCUAUCAAGUCUAAGCGUAAUCGUGCCAACCGACGGAGCAUAUCAAGUCUCAAUGGUACUACCAACGGCGUUCAAAAAUCCGCUUAUCAACAGGCCGUCCACAUGUGGAACCUUGAAGCAAUGGCACUUGGCUUCGAUGCCCUGGAGCAGUUUGCUAUUGUCUAUGAUCAGUCUUCAAAGACCAAACGCCGCAGAGAUUCCGGAUCUGUGAGAGAUUUCAUGGCAGAGCUCGAGGCUCUUUUGCAGGAAAUUGAGGACUGCGUGGGCUUGAUUGUGGAGGAAUGGCUCGGAAAGUCAGAUGACGCUGAUGAGGAACGUGACUUUGAGCAUAUUCGUCGGACUUAUCUGCCCGAAAUCGUCCUCGACUACCACAAUGCUCUGUAUUAUGCCAGCCAUGCCCUUGAGAAGCCCAACCUUCUCUCGCAAUGCAUGACUGUGUCCAUAUGGGUGGCCAACAAUGCUCAUUUGACGCGCAGUUUCACGGAGGCACGGCGCAUGUCUGAGCUAGUGGAUUGCUUGGCACUGGCAAGCAAGGCCAUGGUUCUCACCGACCCGAAGAAUGAUGUCACAUUCCCCAACGGCCAGACCCUAGGUAUCUGGCGAGUCAGCGUGUCCGAAGAAGAUGAUGAUGCUGGCUUGUCUCACUCGCGCGGGCAGAUUGCGGCAAAUUAG